UAUGAGUAGAGUGAAUAAUUUAUUGUCAUAACUUCAAAAGUACAAGAAUACAAGGUUACCUAAAAAAGUGAAAAUUGUAGAGAUGGGACCAAGAGAUGGAUUAUAAAAUGAAAAGACAAUUGUACAAAGUGAAGAUAAAGUAAAAUUCAUAAAUCUGUAUUAAUCCAAUUCAAUUUUAAGAUUAUCUUAAUGUGGCUUUUAAGCAAUAGAGACAACUAGUUUUGUAUCAAAGAAAUGGGUACCAUAAAUGGGAGAUGCUUCUGAAGUUUAUUCAAAAAUUGAAAAAUUUCCAAAUGUGAGUUAUCCUGUAUUAGUUCCCAAUAUAACUGGAUUAGAUUAAGCAUUAAAGGUUGGAGUUAAAGAAAUAGCUGUAUUUGGAGCAGCUUCUGAAGCAUUUUCAUAAAAAAAUAUAAACUGCUCUAUAGUAAGAAUUAUUUAAUAAGUAUAGGCUGAUUCACUAAAAAGAUUUAAUGAUGUUGUAAUAAAAGCCUAAUAAAAUGGAAUUAAAAUAAGAGGAUAUGUAUCAUGUGUAAUGGGAUGUCCAUAUGAAGGGGAUAUUGAUCCAUUAAAAGUAGCAGAAGUGACUUAAAAAUUAUUUGAAAUGGGUAUUCAAAAGUUAAAUGAAUAUAUUUAGGUUGUUAUGAAGUUUCUUUGGGAGAUACAAUAGGAGUUGGGACUCCAGAGAAGACGAAAAAUUUAAUGUAAGCUCUUUCGUAAUUCGACUUUAAAAAAUUGGCUGUUCAUUUUCAUGAUACCUAUGAUAGGGCAAUUCCAAAUAUACUGGUUGCUUUGGAAGUAAUUUAAUUAUGACAAUAAAUAAUAUAGCAUGGUAUUGAAGUUGUUGAUUCAUCUGUUUCAGGAUUAGGUGGAUGUCCUUAUGCAGGUAAGCCAAGUGGAAAUGUGGCUACAGAAACUGUCAUUAAUUCUUUGAAUUAUUUAGGAAUCGAAACAGGUAUUGACAGAGAAAAACUAAAGAAAGCUUCAGAUUUUAUUUGUGGUUUGUUAAAUCGAUAAAAUAUAUCAAUCAAUUUUUGAG